ACACGCAUGCCUACACAUGGCUAGCCGAUGUGAGGCUCCAUUCAUUCGCGCCGCGAUGACCAUUACCGCGGCCGUGCCCUACUAGUCUGUAUACAAACUUUUUAAAAAGUUUGCGUUCCUUUUUUGAAAGUGACAUUUGCGGUUAAGACUAAGGUUCCCAUGUGAUGCCCGGCAUGUGGUUCUUAGGCAGGGCACGAGCACCAGCCCAGCGCGGCCAGCACCCCAGUAUCUUUACUACAGAAGAGAAUAUUGGCAGCCAACCCACAACUUACAAGAAUACCAGAGAAAGGAGGGUUUUUGAGUGGAUAAGAUCGAUAACAGGCCGCAACAGGCAUGUGGACGAGAAGUCCCCGGACCCUGGCGGAGAACUCCAGAUCAUGCUUCCGGCCCAGGCUCUGGAUAGAACCAACUCUGGGGACGUAUGUCUGCUGGCGGAGAGCCCUUUUAGGAUAUUGAGGGCAGCCGAGUCCGGCAAUGUAGAAGACUUCACGCGGCUAUACCUGAGCGAGCCUGGGCGGCUUGGCGUGAGGGAUGGGCGCGGGCGCACUGCGACCCAUCAGGCCGCCGCCAAGAACAACACGAAUAUCCUUCACUACAUCAAAAAUUAUGGAGGAGAUCUGAAUGCUCUAGACAAUUCCAAGAAUACUCCGUUACACGUUGCUGUGGAAAAUGAAGCUUUGGGUGCAAUCGAGUUUUUGUUACAAAACCGUGUGGAAACUGGCCUAUUGAAUGAAAAAUCUCAAGCUCCUAUACAUUUAGCGACGGAACUGAACAAGGUGGAAGUCCUGCAGAUCUUUGCCAAGUACAAGAAUGACUUCAAUGUAAAUCUUGGCGGAGAGCACGGACGCACAGCCCUUCACUUGGCGGCCAUCCACGACCACGAAAUCUGUGCUAAGAUUCUGAUAACCGAUUUGGGAGCUGAAUGGAAGAAACCAUGCAACAACGGGUACUACCCCAUCCACGAGGCUGCCAAAAAUGCCUCAUCUAGGACCAUGGAGGUGUUCCUCCAAUGGGGUGAAUCCAAGGGUUGUACCAGAGAAUCAAUGAUUUCCCUAUACGACAACGAGGGAAAUGUUCCUCUUCACUCUGCUGUCCAUGGAGGGGAUAUAAAGGCUGUCGAGCUUUGCCUCAGAUCUGGAGCCAAGAUUUCCAAACAACAGCAUGACCUGUCAACACCUGUUCACCUCGCUUGUGCUCAAGGUGCCCUGGACAUUGUGAAACUGAUGUUCAACAUGCAACCGAGCGAGAAGAUGGCGUGCCUGACGUCAUGUGACGUGCAGAAGAUGACCCCUAUCCACUGCGCCGCCAUGUUUGAUCACCCGGACAUUGUAAACUAUCUGAUUUCUGAGGGUUCUGACAUCAACCCACUGGACAAGGAAAAACGGUCACCAUUGCUUCUAGCAGCGUCAAGAGCUGGUUGGCGUACAGUGCAUACUUUGAUUCGCCUGGGAGCCGACAUACAACUUAAGGACAUAAAUUCUCGCAACGUUUUGCACUUGGUCGUGAUAAAUGGCGGACGUCUCGAAGAAUUCGCCGCUAACUGCAAGGACCGCUGUGAAAAGAGUUUAGCUCAACUUCUUAACGAGAAGGAUAACACCGGCUGCUCUCCACUACACUACGCGAGUCGCGAGGGUCACAUCAGAUCUCUGGAGAAUCUGAUCCGGCUUGGCGCUUGCAUCAACCUGAAGAAUAAUAAUAAUGAGAGCCCACUGCACUUUGCUGCGAGGUAUGGCAGAUACAACACCGCCUGCCAACUCUUGGACUCGGACAAAGGAACUUUCAUCAUCAACGAGAGUGAUGGGGAGGGUCUCACUCCGCUCCACAUUGCCUCUCGUGAGGGUCAUACAAGGGUCGUGCACCUGCUACUGAACCGAGGGGCACUGCUUCACCGAGACCACAAUGGACGCAACCCGCUGCACCUUGCUGCUAUGAGUGGAUACACUCAGACCAUUGAACUGCUGCAUUCAGUGCACUCACACUUGCUUGACCAGGUCGAUAAGGAUGGUAACACACCAUUGCACCUCGCCACGAUGGAGAACAAGCCCAGCUCUAUCGCUUUAUUGCUUUCCAUGGGAUGCCGUCUCCGCUACAACAAACAAGAUAUGAGCGCGAUCGAUUAUGCCAUCUACUACAAGUUCCCUGAGUCAGCUCUGGCUAUGGUCACGCAUGAGCAAAGAGCUCAAGAGGUAAUGAAUCUUCGUUCAGACCGCUACCCAUGCGUCACUUUGGCUCUCAUAGCCAAUAUGCCUCGGGUCUUUGAAGCGGUGCAGGACAAAUGCAUCACCAAGGCCAACUGUAAAAAGGACUCAAAAAGUUUCUACAUUAAAUACUCAUUCAUGUACUACCAGUACUCGAAGCUUGAACUAGAAGCACUAAGACAGGCGCAGAAUGAUCCCACGUACCGCCCUGAUCCGUUGAGUGUUAUCAACGCUAUGGUAGUACACGGCAGAGUCGAGUUACUGGCACAUCCACUUAGCCAAAAAUAUCUGCAGAUGAAAUGGAAUUCUUACGGCAAAUACUUCCAUUUGGCAAAUCUUCUGUUCUACUGCAUAUUCCUGAUCUUCGUUACUGUCUACACUUAUUUGCUGAUGACGAGCGUAGACGUAGCCGUCAUGACGCCGAAAAAGCAAAAAAACAACUUGAACCCUACAACUCUUGGACCUGAAUUUAACGAAUCUAUUGGGAAUAUUACCGCCAAUAUAACUGCCGCGAAUGUUGAAUUUGAAUCUAAAGUGGCGAUGUACACCAGCACAGUUGCCAUACUGGUCUAUAAUCUGCUGUGCCUAAUGCGAGAGGCUUACAACCUGAAGCAGCAGAAGUGGCACUAUCUCGUGGACCCGUCCAACCUCGUCUCUUGGACGUUGUACAUCAGCUCCACGCUGACUGUCCUACCGACCAUUUACGGAAACUACGACAACCUCCAAUACUCGGCUGCAGCUAUCACUGUGUUCUUGGCUUGGUUCGAGCUGCUUCUCCUGUUGCAGCGGUUCGACCAAGUCGGAAUCUACGUGGUCAUGUUCCUGGAGAUACUGCAGACCCUCAUCAAAGUGCUGAUGGUGUUCUCCAUCCUCAUCAUAGCAUUUGGACUGGCAUUUUACAUUCUGCUUUCUAAAGGUUACCACUUGUCUUUCAAUAGUAUUCCUUUGUCUCUAAUGCGGACCUUUGCCAUGAUGCUUGGAGAGCUGGACUUCGUUGGCACUUACGUGCAGCCUUACUACAAGGCGGAUUCCGAUACUACUUUGCCGUUCCCAGUGACAACCUUCUUUAUUCUUGGAACGUUCAUGGUGUUGAUGCCGAUUCUGCUAAUGAACCUACUUAUCGGUUUAGCGGUUGGAGAUAUUGAGAGUGUGAGAAGAAAUGCUCAACUAAAACGAUUGGCUAUGCAGGUGGUCCUGCACACUGAACUGGAGAGGAAACUUCCGGCUUUUAUCCUCGAGAAAGUAGACAAAAACGAACUGAUUGAAUACCCUAAUAACAAGAAUUGCAAACUCGGGUUCCUCGACUUAAUCCUGAGGAAAUGGUUCUGCAACCCAUUCUCUGAUGACGUUGGCUUGGACUUGGUGCUGGAGAGCAACGAGGACUACAUAACUGCUGAACUUGACAAACAGAAGCGUCGUCUGCGCGAAAUGUCGCAAUUACUCGAGCAACAACAUACUCUGGUGCGCUUGAUUGUGCAGAAAAUGGAGAUCAAGACCGAGGCGGAUGACGUUGAUGAAGGCGUCUCCCUGGCUGACACGCGUGUGGUCCCUCGAUGGAGCUCUCCCCGCACACGCAAUAACCUGCGCACGGCCCAGUCUGUCAAUAAAGGCGGCUAACUGUGCUUUUCCUUUGACCGGAAGGCCGACACGUGGCGGUACCAGGGGACUUCGAUCUAUCCCCGAAAACGCAAUUAAGGGAAUAUUUUUUGGAGCCUAUUUAAACGACUUUACUAAGCAGAUCGUGUUUUCAUCGGAGUAACGUUGGGUCUUUGUAAAUGAGAAGUGUAAGUUUAACAGUCCUAGCAGAUUAUGGAGGUGCAAAUCUGUCACAUUUCUCGUUAGCAUAGGAAGUGGUAUGAACAUUUUUUUCCUGAAGAACAGUGCUCGCAAUGUAAACCGUGGUACUACUUCUAUAUUAGUUCUGUAAUAACAUCAGCCUGCCACCACUGGCCCGGUACUAAAAGAAGGCCUUUCAAGUGAUCACUAACCUAAAUAGCUGCCUCUGUAAAUAUCUGCGAAGACAAACACAUUGCGGUGUAUUUUGAAUUGUUACAUAAUAUCUGCUUAUGAUCGUCGUUUGCAUAGGAUCUUAAGAUAUCUCGCGUGUCUGCUGCCAGGUCUAAGGUCAUCAUCCGAAAAAUCCUCACCUCUCCCCUCUCCCUUCCUUUCGUCUCCUGUCCCAUCUACUAUUCCCUCUUCCCCGCCUCUCCCUAGAACACCCAUGCACUUAGACAAUAUGUAAAGGACGCGACUUGUAUGAUUUUUCCCUUUGCCAAAUGUGUAAGAAGAUCAAUGCACCCGAUUAUAGAAUUAUAUUAGUGUGUGCAAAACGGAUAAGCGUUGAAGAUUAUUUAUUUAUAUAUUUUAUAUUUUAUAUCGACACAAUACGGUUUAAAUUUGUGUGUAACCUUAUUAUCUUGACUUUGUGUCAAUGUGAUAAUGAAACUGAUAGUUCUUUUCGUGUUAUUAUACGCAUGACGCGUCCUUUCUAAAUAGUCUGAGCCCAUGCGUCAUAAACAUCUCAAUAAUUAUUUAUUCUGAUUUUAUUUUGCUUGUCAUUAACAAACCUGUACAUAAUAAGGGUGUUCAUGUUCUUAUUGCUUCUAUUUCCUUUCCCAAUAUCUAUGGACUCGGGAUAAUUAGACAAUGUUGUGUGUUGAAGAAAUUGUGUUUAUGCAGUGUAUCUCAGUGCGAAUCUUUGAUUUAAGUGUUAUAUCGGCGGACGGAAAGCCACAUAAAAACUAGGCUUACAAGAUCAUUGUUAACACUCGUGGUUACCUGAUGCGCAACAUGGCGCGUCAUUUUAUUUGUUAUUAUUUAUUAUUUAUAAACAGAAAAAUGUUUUUUUUUCUUCUGUAACAACUAGGUUCUUAGCAAGGAAUUAUAUUUUAGCACCAUUACCAAUAUCACUGGCUAGUGCACAUACUAUAAUACAUUAGUAUCGUUUAUUUAAAUUAGUUGCGGAUUCAUUCAGCCUCAAUCCAUUUAAAGUCAUCUAUCACUAAACGUUUUUAAUACUUAAGUGCUUUAACUAGUCAUUGUUUAGUCACUUUUUCUUAAACAUUAGGUUUUAAAGAGACAAGACAUUGACAAGUUAAUCACUUAUUAAAAUAUUUGUUUAAAAGCCCUUGUUAUUAAGAUACCGAAUUAAUCAAUACAGAUAAAAAAAAAUAACCCUUAAAUUAAUAAACUAUGUAUGUAUGACUAUGAAUAAUUAGAAAGUCUGUAUUUAGUCGUAAGAAUUAGAAAAAUAAGUGAAUACAGUCCAUUUUGUUACUUAGAGAUUUCUGUUACCCACCGUAGGAAGUGAUUUAAAUGUUAUACGCUAGAUGUCUCUGUAAACUCUUUUUAUACUUUGCAUUAGUUUAAUCGUUUUUUUUUUUCAUUUAUUUCACUGACAAUAGUAUAAAUAGUAAAUUGGUUAGAUAUUUAUUUAGUUAAUAAUUUUUAUAUUAUGUUUAUAUCACAAUAUUAAUAAGUAAUCAUUUUAACAGAUUCAUUAAAAUAUUAUUAAUAUUUACAUAAAAUUAUUAGAUCUCUUAAUGUUUAAGUAUUAAUUAAGGUAUUAAAAAUCGUUUAAAAAAUAAUCAAAAAAAUAAAUAGAUUAAUUUAGUUCUAAAAUAUUAUUCGAUUUUAUUGCUAUUGUUUAGACAAAAGCUUUAUUUGGGGUAAAUCAGUUGUUAAUAAAUAAAUAACUUACCCCAAAUAAGAUACUUCGAGUUUAAACUAUUAUAUUUGGGGUAAAUCAGCUAUUAAUAAUAAAUAACUUACCCCAAAUAUAAACAUCGGUUUUAUACUAUUUUAAUCGAAUAAGUAAUUUACCCCAAAUAAAUUAGUUGAUGUAACUCCUGACGAUAAACAAAGGAAAUACGAAUACGAUUUUUACUGGACUAUUCAAUUAAUUAAACACGGCGAUUGCAAAUAAAACUGUAUUCACGGAUAUGACAAAAAUUCUGUCAGCGCUUUUCUUGCUUCGUAAUCUGUGACGAUCAAUUAAGAACUUCAUUACUGAGGUUUAAUGGUUCAUUAUGGAAUAAUUAUAUUGACACGACAUACUUUCAUGACGAAAAUGGCGUCAGUUGGAAAUUGACUUAUUUCUAGUCUUAUAAAGAUAGACUUUUGUUGUAAAAUGUAAUUGUCUCUAGACAAUUUAACAAUGAAUUUAAACAGUCAAAAAUAUAUUAUAGUAAUGAAGAGCUUCACUCUUCAUUUACUAUUACUUCAUCUAAUCAAAUCGGCAUUUAUGUCCUAGCAUUUAAAUGUGUAUUUUUAUUAAUAUAUUUUACAAGUAUACCAUUUAACGUAGUCUAGACUUAAUUUUAUAGGAAUGUUUGAUGAAAUGUACCAGACGAUGAAACGUACUUAUUAAUGUGUAUACCAAAGUUAAUUCAGUUAUUAGUUAAAAAUUAUUAAUAAUUUUUUUCAGAGAAAUAUAAAUGAACGGUUAAAUUGUAAAAUGUAGGUAGAUAUUGUAACUGAGUUUGCAAAAUACUAAUAAUUAAUAGGUAAUCGACAACUCAGUCCACCCCGUGACAACGAAGGAUGCAACGUCAGGAGAAAAUUAAAAAAUAGAAACCGCGAAAACUUCCGAAAAAUAUUUUAAUUUUAAUGUCUAACAUUCGCGUAAUCAUAAAAAAUCAUUAUAAAUCAACGGUUACAGAUUUUAGGACAAUAGAGAAUGAACAUAAAAUGUUGAGCAUUACAGGUAGGACCCUUGGCUUUCGAACUUAGUUUAAUCUCUAUCUUGGGUGGGAGUCGAUAUACUUCCGAGGACAAGUUUAGAAAUGUAUAGAUGUAGUAUCACAAGGAUCAUCACGAGCUGAGUAAUUAUGGUAUUAUUUCGUACUUAUGUAUAUUCUACUUGACAUUCUGUUUACAUUAUUAAUUGUUUCAUAUAACUAUAUUUAAAUUAAUUUAUAAACAAAGUGUAAAUUAAAUGCAAUAAUUACAAUUCAACCACAAUAAAUCGGUACAUAGCGAAGCGUUCCGAAACCGCAGUGUUUGAAAUUCAAUUUACAAUCUAAACUUUGAAUUGAAAUUAUUAAAACUAUUUUUCACAAAGCCCCGUGAAUGCCGAAUGCCAAAAAAAUUGUGUGCGUUCGCGUUCAUUAUAACAUUUCCGUUUAGAAAGUUAAUUAAAAACUACAUACGAGUUACCUCUAGUUAUUUAAAGUUAAAACCCAUACGGCUUCCUGUUACAACCAGUACUAGUUAUAAAACUUUGAUUGUUACCAUUUUAUUGUAAUCCGUGGUAUGAGACUUUUACAGAAAUAUGGAAUAUUUUGCAAUGCAAUUUUUAUGCAAGCGGCGAUAGCCUAGUUGGUUGUGGAACGGACUGCCGAGACGAAUGUCCGCAGGUUCAAAUGCGAAGGGCACACACCUCUGACUUUACUAAAAAAUUAUGUGUAUUCUUUGUGAAUUAUCGCUUACUUUAACGGUGAAGGAAAACAUCGUGAGAAAACCUGCAAACCUGAGAAGGAAUUUUCAGGAAUUCCUAUAGGAAUUUAGGAGAAUAAUACCACCUGUGUCAUUUAUGUGGCACCUCUAAUGUUAUUUGUUUGAAAUAUUUUCUAGACUAACGAAUAUUGAUUGCAAUAAUUGAUCUGUCUAUUAAAUCCAAUGUUAAGCAUACAAUUAUAUUAUUUACCUGUACUUUUUCAAACAUUAAUACGGCAUAAAAAUGUUUCAACAGUCAAAUUCAAUUCAAAACUCUGUUCCUAUUCAAACAUAAUGCCCUAGCAAGUCUAGUACUAAUAAAACCUUGACAAAGUAAGGAAUUGUAAUUUCAUCUCAAAUCACGUCUACGUCGCGUAGAUUGGAUACGGCCGAUCUCGUCCAUUGCUAUUUGUGUACAAUGUAAUGUAAUCUGCGAUGCCAUUGGUAGAAUUGAUGACUGCAUCCCAUCGCUGUAGCGGAAUUGUAUCAUACUCGAAUUUAUCCGACUCCAUCAGUAAUAUAUUGUGACGUCACUAUUGUGAUGACGUGUUCCAUUUUUAAAAUGUUUAAAAAAACGUUCGUUUAUGUUUUAGCGAUGUUAUUUACAGAAAUUCUUAUUUUAAAUAUAUGUUUCGGUUGGUAUACAAUAUUUUGAAUUUGGAAGAGUUUUUAUUUUUGGCAGUUGUAAGUGUGGUAAAGUGACCAUUUAUUCUGCCGCUAUGUUUUUCGGCUGGUACAUAUAGAGAUGUGUCGGUAUUUUUGGAAUGAACGAUUUAUUGGAUUGAUUAUUUAUAGUACUUAAUUAUAAUUCUAUAUUGAUAUAUUAUGGUAUAUUUAGACUCCCAAACUACUGUUGUUGGGAGGCAUAGAUAGUAGAUUAUGAAAUUAAUUUUUAGUGUGUAGUAUCUAUAUUUUUAUUAUGUAAUGUAACCAUAUGACAUUUUUCACAAUAGCAGCUCAAAUUGCCUAAACUCCUGUUCUAAAAAUGUAGCCUAAGGAAUAUCCUGAUUAAAAGCGGUUUAGUCCUUUUGAAGACUAAUACAAACUGGUGGCCGGACAAUAUUAAAUGAAUCAUGUGUUUACGUAGUGAUUACUACCAGAUGUCCAUAUUGUAAAAUUAAGUAAAACCAUUAUUUUGGCGCCACAGACAUUUUAAUUUAAUUAAUUUACAGAUUAUACUCGACUCCCAAUGAUCGACAAUUUCUGUACUAUUUAAUAAGAUAACCAAUGUUUCUUUAACUAAUUUAUAUAUGUAUUUAUACAGUGUACAUUAAUAUUUAUAUAAAUAGUUAAGGUAAGAGAUAAAUCCGAAACGAGCUGCAGACGGCAGUCGACUGCAUAGUAGCCAGCAUUUCUAUUCCGAGAUGGACUGCAAUUGCACAAACUGUAGUUACUCUAUAUAAAUAUAUGUUUUCUUACUUUUAUUUAAGAUUUUACUGGUGCUGCGAUCGGCAACAUGCGGGCCUGCUCCGCAAAGUGCAUGACACGGCUACUGCAAACGCGUUGCUCGCAAUAAUUUUCAUAGAAACUUCUAUUGAGUUUACUCAAAGAGAUCUAAGAUUAUAUAGAAGGCAUGGGGAAGAUUAAUAUACAAUAAUUUUGCGCUUAUGUAAGGUCCAAUCUACAGUGAAAAAGCAAAACAAUAAUGUAACUUACUUAAAAAAAAAUCCUAUCAUGAUUUGCACGUUUUUAAUGUUAAUAUUAGCUUUAUUUCUGUAAAUAUAUUAUUUUUAUAUUUAUAUCUAAGGUCGCUCUGACAUCUAAUCAUACGGACAUUUUAAACAAGACAGUUACUUAUUACCAUUUGGUAAUCACUUUUGCACCGAAAGUUUGGCCCUGAUGUCCAGUCUGUAAUUAUAUAGUUUUAUGUAUUUGUUUUUAAUCUAUAGUUUGAAAUGUGCGGUCUGUGGUUUAUCUCGGACUUAUGCCAUAAAGCCAAUAAUUGUGAUGUGUUCCCUUACAAAGUACAUUGUUAAUCAGUGUCUUACAUUAUUUUGUAAGUACGUUUGUCAAUAAUGUGACAGACGCAAAAAUUACACCAUACAGGUUCAGCUCGUAAGCCGAUGAGUAAUUUUGAUGUUUGUGAUUGGUCGAGAGAACAAAGCGUCAGUCACGUGAUCACUCCCAACCAAUCACAAUAAUUUUUUUUUGCCGUAUUGUAAGCGCACUAGUUUGGUAAAGCCGUUAUAAAUAAAUCAUAAUUAUUAUCGAUUAUAUACUACAAAAUAGUUCACUUGAUGUUUAUUUAAAAUAAAUGUUUCGUAGUAAUA